CGUGACACUACAUAUCCCAGGCACCCCUGCGAUCUAUCAUCCGGUUAACCCAGUUGUGGGAAGGACGGAGAGCAACUGACAUUUUAUGAAAGGUCUGCGUCUGCUCCGACUUAAGGACGUAUAACAUACCCUACACAUAGCACACGGAUGAAUCAUGCUGCUUCUGAAAGUCGGACAGUCUGCUGCACUUUGUGGUGCCGUUCUUAGGGUCACACCCGGGCUGAAUGGGGCACAGCGUCAGGCAGUCGUCGCUGUGAAAAAUACACGUCUUUAUGCAAGUCAAGCAGCACAGGCGGUGUUAGAGAAGCCGGCGGCAGUCGGCACUGAUGCUGCCAGCGCGGUGGACAAGACGAAGGCUGCAGCUGAGUCCAAAUCUUUUGCUGUCAAUAUUUUCAAAGGUCAGAUUGUCACAUCUCAAGUGUUUCCCUUUCCCUCAGUCCUGAAUGAAGAACAGGAGCAGUUUCUUCGGGAGCUUGUCGGACCCGUCUGCAAAUUUUUUGAGGAGGUGAAUGAUCCUGCCAAGAAUGACAUGUUGGAGAAAGUAGAGGACCACACCAUGACGGGCCUGAAAGAGAUGGGCGCCUUUGGCCUUCAGGUGCCGGCUGACCUGGGUGGCCUUGGUCUCACCAACACUCAGUAUGCUCGCCUUGUGGAGAUUGUCGGCACUCACGAUCUCGGUGUUGGCAUCACGCUUGGUGCCCACCAGUCUAUCGGCUUCAAGGGCAUUCUGCUUUUUGGGAAUGCCGCACAGAAGGAGAAAUACCUGCCAAAACUUGCAUCAGGUGAGCACAUUGCUGCCUUUUGCCUGACGGAACCAGCCAGUGGCUCUGAUGCUGCCUCCAUCAAAACCACAGCUGUUCAAUCCCCCUGCGGAAAGUAUUUUACUCUCAGUGGCAGCAAGAUCUGGAUCAGCAAUGGAGGUCUGGCUGAGAUCUUCACAGUGUUUGCCAAGACGCCAAUGAAGGAUCCUAAGACUGGACAGAUGAAGGACAAGAUCACAGCCUUAGUUGUGGAGAAGAGCUUCGGUGGUGUGACACAUGGGCCACCAGAGAAGAAGAUGGGCAUCAAGGCCUCAAACACGGCUGAGGUUUAUUUCGACAAUGUUCGCGUGCCGGCAGACUGUGUGCUGGGUGAGAUUGGCGGUGGUUUCAAGGUUGCUAUGAACAUCCUCAACAAUGGCAGAUUUGGCAUGGCGGCCGCCCUCUCUGGCACCAUGAAAGGAGCAAUCAAUCAAGCUGUGGACCAUGCAACCAACAGGACCCAGUUUGGAAACAAGAUCCACACUUAUGGGACCAUACAAGAGAAGCUUGCUCGUAUGACCAUGCUGCAGUACGUCACAGAGUCUCUGGCCUACAUGAUCAGUGGAAACAUGGACAGCGGAGCAACUGAAUUCCAGAUUGAAGCUGCUAUCAGCAAGAUAUUUGCCUCUGAAGCCGCUUGGACUGUGACUGACGAGUGCAUUCAGGUCAUGGGUGGCAUGGGCUACAUGAAGGACUCCGGAAUAGAGCGAGUGAUGAGAGAUCUGAGAAUUUUCCGCAUCUUCGAGGGUACCAACGACAUCCUCAGACUUUUUGUGGCCCUCAAUGGCUUCCAGAAUGCUGGCAACCAGUUGAAGAGCUUGCAAAAAGCAAUGAAGAACCCACUCGGCAAUGCUGGGCUCCUGGCAGAAGAGCUCACCAAGAGAGCUAAAAGGAAAGCAGGCUUAAGCACAGGCUUGACACUUCAAGGCACCGUCCAUCCGGAGCUGGCUCAUAGUGGUGAACUGGCCGUAAAAGCUGUUGAACAAUUUGGCAUUGCCAUCGAGGAGCUUCUUAUCAAACAUGGCAAGAAGAUUAUUGAUGAGCAGUUUGUAUUGCAGAGAGUUGCCGACUGCGCAAUUGACAUUUACACCAUGGUUGUUGUCCUCGCGAGGGCUUCACGUUCACUCAGUCAGGGCCUGCCUUCAGCCCAACAUGAGAAGGUUUUGUGCGAGACCUGGUGUGUAGAGAGCCAUGAUAGACUUAUGCGGGACAUCAAGGCGCUGCGCUCCAACCAGUCCAGGCAUCUCUUCAAGAACUUGCAGGCCAUUUCCACGGCUGUGGUGGAGAACGGUGGAACGGUGGCACCUCACCCACUGGGUUUCUAAAAGCUUUUUUCCAAUUGCGUCUUUAUUUCUUUCUCUUACCGGGCUCUCAAAGCUGCACAUCAUGAUCCUAGAGGCCGUGACACACGGUCGUACAUUUGAAGUGGUCAUGAGUUUCUUCUGCGUAUUCAUGUGCCUGCUCAGCGUAGGUUGUUGAAUGUCAUAGUUUGAAUCCUGGAGAUGAACUUUUAAGCUGUACAAAACAAAACAACUAUUAACGCCGCCAAACAAAAAACAUGAUCACCUCAUCUCAGAGCCAACAGUGAGCGAAUGUCUUCAUGAUGUGGAGAUUUACAGCCUUCCUGACUUUGUGCUGAACACUAUUUAACUUGUUGAAAGGGACGGAAGUGUCAUUUUACAGCAUAUAUAUUCGAGGGAAUUUUUCUUUGUACUGUAUUUAAAUUGGAGUGAAAUACUUGUAGGACUGUUCAUGUUUUCAGUGCCUGUGUUGCAUGUUCAAUGCCAGUGUCAGUUGCUAAGCCUUUGCAUUAUGGAACAUAUGACCACACAGAUGGAGUCGCAGGUUGGACAACACUGGAAACCUGUAAUUAUCUCAUCUUCUAUGACAACAUAACUCAAGAACAAAGGAAAAGAGUAAAUCUGCACUGUGAAGGUGGUACAUUGAUUUGUUGCAUCAUUUAGCUACUAGGGAAGGUUUUAAUUUUUUGUAUUACAACUGUUUUGCAGUUGACACAUCCAUUAAUAAAGUCAUACCACUUCAGCGCAAUAA